CUGUCAGUGUUACAAUUACUUUGUGGGUAAAUACGAACACGUUAUAAGAAAUUUUGUUAUAAAGGUUAAAUUACAUAUAAGAAAUGGUAAAUAUUAGUGACAGUGCUGUAGAAAAUAUUGGAAGGGUGCUGAAUGAUCCGCAGAGGCCCAUGAAAGAGCGUUUUCGGGCUCUUUUCACACUUCGUAACUUAGGAGGAGAAACUGCAAUAAAAUGUAUAAGCGAUUGCUUUAAAGAUGAAUCAGUUCUAUUAAAACAUGAGCUAGCAUAUUGCUUAGGUCAAAUGCAAGAUGUAAAGGCAGUACCUAUUCUUAAAAGCGUUUUAGCAGACACGAACCAGGACCCGAUAGUUCGACACGAAGCCGGUGAGGCCCUAGGUGCCAUUGGAGAUUCAGGCCUUCAAGAAUUACUUGAAAAAUAUCAAUAUGACUCCGCUAUAGAAGUAGCUGAAACAUGUCAAAUAGCAUUACAGAGACUAAAAUGGAUCACAGAAAAAAAUACAACGGAAAAUAAUUUAUCACAAAGUCGUUAUGCUUCUAUUGAUCCUGCACCCCCGAGUGAAGAAGUAAAUAUUGAUGAGCUACGGAAAACAAUGAUGGAUGAAAAUAAAACCCUAUUUGAGCGUUAUAGAGCGAUGUUUAGCUUACGUAACUUAGGUACUACAGAAAGUAUUAAUGCUUUAGGGGAAGGCUUUAAAGCGAGUAGUGCACUAUUUCGCCAUGAAGUUGCUUUUAUAUUUGGCCAGAUGCAGGAUGAGCGCAGCGUGCCCUUCCUUAAGAAGACCUUAGAAGAUACGACGGAACAUGAAAUGGUACGUCAUGAAGCAGCAGAGGCACUGGGUUCUAUAGCUACUGAUGAAUGCACAGAAGUAUUAACAAGAUAUCUUCACGAUCCCCGUCCUGUCGUCAGAGAGAGCUGUGAGGUGGCUCUUGACAUGUCUGAAUAUGAGAACAGUCCAGAAUUUCAGUAUGCUAAUACUUUGCUCACAGUGCAAGGAUGAUUUUACAUGUGUCGUGAUAUGGUUAAUUUUUUGAGAUUACUUUCAUAAAAUAUUUAAUCAUAAAACAGAACAGCAUAAAGUAAAAUAAACAA